AUGGCGGUGCGCCCGAGCCUCGCCUGCUUCCCCUCCGACCCCGUGCUCCACGAGGCCUGCGGCAUGCCGUGGGGCGUCGCCGUCACUCCGUUCUCUGCAACAGAUGAGCGCGGCUCCAAGCCGGCCACCGGCGCCGAGGGCCACAUCCUCCCCCGCUGCCAGUCCUGCUUCGCCUACUUCAGCUUGCUCUGCCAGCUCGACCGCUGGUCCUGGAACUGCGCCGUCUGCGGCGCGGAGAAUGACCUCCCCGCCGACGCCGCCGCGCGCUACGCCCGCGACGGUGGCCACGACCCGCCCGAGAUGCGCUCCGCGUUCGUCGACCUCCUCCUCCCGGGGGAGGAGGGCGAGGCGGCAGCGGCGGCGGCUCCAACGCCCGUGUACGUGGCGGCGGUCGACUUGUCCUCUUCAGAGGAGUUCUUGGAGCUAGUCAAAAGUGCUCUUCAAGCAGCUCUUGAAGCUCUUUCACCAGGAUCACUAUUUGGACUUUUGACAUUUAGCAGCAAAAUAGGAUUAUAUGAUGUCCAAGGUCCAAUACCUAUUGUGAAGAAUGUGUUUAUCCCUCCUGAUUCUGAUGGUGCCUUACAAGUCGACCUUGAAGAUAUCAUGCCCCUUUGCUCAUUUUUGGCUCCUAUUGAUAGUUGCAAAGAUCGCAUUACUGAAGCACUUGAAACAAUUAAACCAAUGUCUUCCUGGGAAGUAGCUGCAAAUGCGCACGAAGGACAGGAUCAUGUAUUGCAUCACAUACGUGGUUUUGGUGUAGCGUUGGAUGUUCUUAUCAACUAUCUAAGUUCAGAAUAUGGAAAUGCAUUCGAGCUUGCUAGGAUAUUUGCAUUUUUAUCUGGUCCACCCAAUUAUGGGGCUGGGCAGCUGGAUAUAAGUGAGGACCAAAAUGCUGGUAAAGCAAGAGGUGCUGAUCAUGUAUUGCUCCAGGAGCAGACAAGUUUCUACAAAAAUCUGGCUACUAGUGCUGUUCAAGCAGGUGUGUGCGUGGACCUUUUUGCCAUUACUAAUGAAUACACUGACCUUACUUCCCUGAAAGUUCUGAGUAUUGAGAGUGGUGGAUCACUGUUUCUGUAUUCAAGUACAGAUGAAUCAACACUUCCGCAAGAUAUAUACAAGAUGUUGAGUCGUCCCUAUGCUUUUGGAUGCGUAAUGCGAUUGAGAACAUCAUCACAGUUCAAGAUUGCUGAUUCUUAUGGCCAUUUCUUCCCAGAUCCUCAGUACAUGCAUGUUCAGCACAUAAAUUGUUGUGACUCUUUUGCUACAUACAGUUACGACUUUGAGUUUGAAAAGGAUUCACAAUUUUCCAGGAAGUCAAGCCCUCCUAUUAUUCAAAUUGCAUUUAAGUACACAGUGCUUGUGCACAAUGGUGAUACAUCAGAUUUUUCAAAUUCUGGGAGCAGAUCUAAAUACUUGUUGGAAAGGAGGCUAAGAGUGCGGACUAUCCAGUACAACACAACUGCUAAUAUCUGGGACCUUUACGACUUUGUUGAUCCAGAUGUUGUUUUGACAAUACUAGUACACCAGGUUAUUUUGGCUUCUUUAAGUGAUGAGCUGGAAACAAGGCUGUGGCUCCAAGAUUGGUUGGUGGUUGUCAUUGCUCAGUACAACAAAGCAUACAAGAAUGUCACAUCUGGAGGUGGUACUGAGACGUACAAUAUUGAUGUUAAUUUCUCGCACUGCUCACAACUGCAGCCUCUGUCACGGUUUGUGUUUGCUAUUCUAUUAAGCCCCCUGCUUCAAGUCAGCAGUGAAGGCAUUCAUCCAGAUUAUGUGACAUAUUUGCAAUGCCUCUUGAGUGCACUGGAGCCAGCUUCGCUUCGGCAGGCUAUUUGGCCUACGUUGAUUUCAUACUCCUCCCCUGAUGUAGAAGCAGAAGUACAUCAAUCACUAAGCCGGACCGUGUUCACCAGUGAGAGGCCAAUAUUUCUUCUUGAUGCAUACAAAGACCUUCUGGUGUAUUACUCACCUACAGCUAGUAGCCAAAUCCCUUUUCCUCCUCCACGUGACUGUCUGCUGAGAUCAACAGUCGAUAGACUAAAACAAGAAAGGAAUAUAACACCCAAACUGGUUUUCAUUCACGGAGCACAUGAUGACACUACAGAAUUCGAGAACUACCUUGUUGAGGAUCAGACCUUGGAUGGCUCCCUAUUAUCUAGCUCCACAGGUUUCAGCUCAUUCCUUGAUGAGCAGGUAGGAGGCAAUGCUGCUGAGGCAGCCUGCUAUUUUCUCCGGCAGGCGACCUUUGAUAAUGUUGACAGAUUUGUUGCUGUUGGCAUGAAACAAGGUUUCAAGAAGCCAAAGUUCUGA